AUGGAUCAAAAACGACUAUUUGAGAAUUGUUUAAAUAGAGUGUACUUUUUUCUAAAACUUAUCGGUGUAGGAAUAGAUAAGGACGACAGACAAAGAACUUUUUUUCAACGUCUUUGUGGUCGUCGUAUUUAUUUUUUGCAUUUUAUCCAGCUUAACUUAAAUCUUAGUGGUGAAGUGGCAUGGCUGGUAAAUAACCUUAUUUUUGGAGCAGGCACGUUAGAGCAAUAUACUCACUUGUUGCCUGGUCUCACUCUCGGAAUUCUUGGUGAUUUAAAAACAUUUUUUAUGAUAAGAUACGCUCACCACGUUCUAGACUUGAUUGAAUCUUUCAAAUCUCAGUACACAAAUAUGAUUGUAUCAAAUGAAACGCAGAGUGAGAUUUUAAAUAAGAAAUUAUCAUUUCUGGCAGUCACAACCAGAGUCAUUGCAUUUCCAUACGUUUUUGGUGUAUCUAUGUUCGCCGUAGGACCAGUUAUUGUCAUGAUUUCGAUAUAUUACACAACAGGGAAGGUGGAACUGAUAUUACCAUUUAUUGUACUAUAUCCAUUUGAUUCAUUCAAGCUUCCGAUAUAUCCAAUCAUUUAUGUGGCUCAAAUAUGGUCAGGUAUGAUUUUUUAUUAUGUGAAUCAAUGUGUGUUACUUACGAAACAUCAAAAAUGUGUUUUUAAUAUUUCUAAUAAACUUCACUUCUAAAUAUUAACCAUAAUUAUUAUAUUUGAUAGAAAAUUAAUUAUUAUAAUCUGUAAAUUGUAAGUAAAAUAUUUCUAAUUUACCUAUUUUUGUUAGUGACAGUAUUUAAUAAUGUUUUUUUUUCAGCUUUAGUAGCGGUUAAUUUUGUUUACGGGCCGGACUGUUUUUAUUAUACCGCCUGUAUGUUUAUUCAUAUUCAGUUCGAUCAUCUGCAGCAUGACGUGGAACAGUUUAUCGAGAAAUAUCGAAAUGGACGUACAAGUCAUCAUCAAUCGCAUUAUUCAGAAUUCGUGGAGUUACUGAAUCGACAUAGAGAGUUAAUACGAUGUGUGGAUUUAUUAGAGAUUAUUUACUCUAAAUCUACCUUGUUUAACUUCGUUAGCAGUUCGCUCAUUAUAUGCGUCACUGGGUUCAAUAUCAUGGUUAUUAAAGACUUACCUUUGGCAGUGGCGUUCACCUUCUUUUUCGUGGUUGGGAUUUUUCAAAUAUGUAUAUUCUGUUAUUACGGCGAAAUAUUAAUUCAAUCGAGUUCCAAAGUCGCCGAUGCCAUUUAUAAUAGCAAAUGGUAUGAAUGCAGUGUUGCGGACAUGAAAGACUACUUAUUUAUUUUAACACGAGCUCAAAAACCGUGCAAAUUGACUGCAUACGGGUUUUCUGUUAUAAGUUUAAAUUCUUUUGCAAAGAUACUAAGUAAAUCGUGGUCAUAUUUCGCACUUCUGCUGACUCUAUACAAAGAACCACAGACACCACGGCAUUAGAACUAACACUGAAAAGUUUGUACAUAAUUUAAACCAAUGUAGGUAGAACAUUUCAUUUUAAUCGUGAACAAAACCACAACGAUGUCUGUACAUAUUUCGAAUACAAAUACAUUGACGCCUUUAGCACUGACAAAAGGUAUAAUUAGAAUGAAAACUGGAGCAAAAGCGUUGUGCUAAUCUGAACAUUGUGGAAGGUAAUGGCAGAUCAUGUGAAUAACUAUCAUAAUAAUGCGGCAGUGGGUUCCUCAUGUGCCAAAUACUCAAAAUUCCUGAAGUACUUACUACACAGCGUGAGAAACUCAGACAAUAAUAAAAUAAACUUGCCCAAAUAGCUAUUGCGCAAAGCAGUAAAAUACUGUGAUUUAUUGGACACUACUAACAGAUGUCUCGGAAAGCCAUCGUAAACGAUUUGUAAAUUACUUUUGUCUGUGUUAAUUGUGUUGUGAGCAAAUACUGCGAUGUGAAAACAUUAGGUAUAAUUUUCGUCACAUUGUUAAUCUCUUCAAUGUGCAAUUGAAUUUAUAAUAAUAUAAAUGCGGAAAUAGGUCUGUCUGUUACAUAACUGGACACAUUUUGAUGAAAUUUGUUACUAGAAAAUAAAAUUUACGAGAAGUAGGUGCUCUCGUAACUUUACCAAUGUCUUUGGGGAUAAAAGGCGGGUGUGUGUGUGCUAUGAUGAUAGCUUGCACUUCAGACUCGAACAGAGGACAUUUUGAUUCUUCAUACACAUUUUGAAAAGGAUGAUACACGGCCGUAGGAGUUUACAGGGAAAUUAUCGGUGACCCGAUUCGAUAAAAUGAACUAUAGGACUAUUUUAAACCUUGAUAGUGAAUAAAUGUGCUGUGUCACGAAAACUAUUUACGAGGCGGCAUGGGCUGAGAACUGAGACGUUCUUGGGUCGGAUAUCUCUUCCGUAGCUUUUUGUUACUAGAACUAGUGAGAGUUUUUGAUAGUAAGAUACAAAAAUCUUAGUGUGCAUCUAACCCUAUAGAUAUAUUAAUUAUAUUCAUCAGAUUGAUAUCGAAGGAAGAAUAAAUUAUGAUUUACUGCAAUAACAACGAAGAAAUUAGAUAAGAUAAACAUUAGAUUGUAACAUUCAACAAAAUUAGUAACUGACAGUGUUCAUAAAAGAAUCCACUUCGUACUUGUUUCAAUUAGAAACGAGUGUGAUAAAUAGGCGCGACCUGGUCGGAUGUAAUUAAUAGGGGUGUGACUAAAUUGCUGUAAUUUUCAUUGUGCACACAUGAGGGGAUUUGUAAUCAAAACCGAAAUGUAGGGAAACACGAAAGAUCGGGUACAUUAUGGAUUUUAGCUAAAAGUAUUUUGUAUUUCGAUUUAAGAAUAUAUAAAGAAUAGCAUUGGUUACAGUGCUAGUAGGUUAAUAAAGAGGUUAGUGACGUCACAAGAAAACAAUAUGACACACCCAAGACACCGAGACGAUAAAGUGAAUAAAUAAUGCAACAGGCUGGGAUGGUGUCUAUAUUUAGAAAUAGAAUUCGUAAACACAACAUGUUGUGAUGUCGUUUUGAAUUACGAUAAAUUGUUACUUUUACUUUGUAUUCCGACUGUUUUUUGAAUGUGUUUUUGUCAUCUUGCAGAAAAAUAUGCACUGUAUGUUGCACUCCACGUAAUAUAAUUGAACAGAAUAAAUAUAAAAUACAUAAUUUAUUGAUAAUCACUUUCGUGGCGCUAGGCCAAUUUUACGCUAAAGAAACAUUCACUGAUUUCAUGAAUGUAAUAAAUUAUGAACUUUCAUUAUGUCGCUGUAUAUUUUUUUUACUGUAUAGCAUGAGUUCAUUGAAUUUAGUUAUAAUAGUUAUGAUUUAAUUUGUUUAAAAUACAAUAUGAUGUCUAAGAGCUGCUUUGUAUAGCGAUUGGUAUAAUUGUCAAGGAAUAGUAUAUUAAUUUUCAAAAUUUUACAAUGUAGUAGUACAAUAGUAGGUGUAGCUUAUCUUCUAUUUAGUAGUAUUCUUAACCUAAUUAACUGAGAGCAAGAUAAAUACAGCCUGACGUGAAGAAAGGCAGUGAUGCACAUAGUAAAAGACUCUAUUAUAUAAUGCAGCCAAGUAAUUUAUUCAGUUAAUUUCUUAAGGUAAUUAAAUGGAAAUAUUUUACAAUUAGAAUGCAGAAAACUAUACAAAAACACAUGUUUAUUUUGACGUAGAAUGGGAACAUUAAAAUAUAUGG